AAUUCUUGAGAAAUCAAGAAUUAAACCUUGAUGACGAAGAUUUUUCGUGUUUGAGAAGUCAAAAAAUUUCCGGUCCGAACUUUCUUCUAUUAAAAAGAAUAGAUUUAAUCGACUGUAAAUUAAAGGUGGGACCUAUUGUAACACUUUUAAAUUUAAUCACCGAAAUUAAUACUGGGAAAUUAUCAAAUGAAAAACUUAUUCCUGUUUUUAAUGACGUAAAAAAUUCAAAGUGGCUAUACUCCAGAUAUUUCUAUACUUUUCCUUUCAACGUAUGGUCACUUGAACAUUUUGAAGAUUGGAUUCUAAAUAAUUACACAACUUCAAAAAAAGAGGUUUACAAUCAGUGUUUUUUUAAAAUAAUUCGAAAAAUAAAAGAAGAUUCUAAAACUUUAGAAGAGAUAAGAGAAUUCGUAUCAAAAUUAGACAAAAAGGUUUGGAUGAGGCUACUCCUUGCCUAUCCCGUGAGGAUCGGUUCUCACAUUAGUAGGGAUAGCACAGAGGAAGUAACCUCAAAAACCGUUUCCCAAGAAAACGAUCAAAAUCAUGUGACUGAAAUUCCUAGUGAGAAAACUUUACUAGAACAAAGGUAA